CCCAAUUUUUUAACCCUUCUCGCUGGAAUCCUCUCCCUCUAGCCGGAAAAUCACGAUUUUCCGAUCUCUUGGCCAAUUUUCUGUCGUUUUCGGUCUCUUUUCGCGAAACCAAAUCUAGGCCCAUUCACCUUGCCAGCCUCUCCCUUCCUUUUGGGUCACCAGAGGCGGUUUCCGGCUAUAUUCUGGCGAUGCUUCGAUGAGCAAUCUCCAGACAGAAUUUUGGAUUUUUGUGACUUCCAUUGCCUUUCCCUUACCACCCCUUACACCUCUACUUGAGUCUCCAAGUUUGUUUUUUCCCUUUACCUUAUGAAUUGUGGAGAAUUGGGUGAUAGGGCGUUUAGGUAGAGAAUUGGUUUGAAAUGCAUGAUUUGGUAGAAAUUGACCGAGGGGAAUGCUUGGUUAGGUGUUGAAUACAUUGUGACAUGCUUAUUUUGUUCAUGCACACAAGGUGUUCAAUAAAAUGCUUGUUUUUCAUACCCUUUUGUGGGUGUUGGUUAAUGUACUUAAUGACGUGAUCCGAUGAUGUGAUUGGUAUGGUUAUGAACCUGUUGUUGCUUACUUUCAUGUUUGGAGACACCCCCGUCUUGAUUGUGCUUUGUUGAUUGAGUUUUCACCUCAUGAACUAUGGAUGGCACCAUGGUUCAAAUUUAUUUGAAGUCAAGUGUGGGGGUGUGCUAACCUUCUCCUGGCUGCUUUGUUGGCUCCACUUUGGUUCUUUUUAUUGCAGUUGCAUGUCAAAGCCCUACCUUAAGCAUCAGUUCAUCCAAGAUCUAAAGUCGGGGCCCCACAAAGCCCAGUUUAAGCGUGUCCUGUCGUCUAAGUUUGGCAAGCACCAUUUUUGGAGCAAGAAAGCAUUAUAGAGCAUCAACUGCUAUGAUGCCCUCCAUGUUGUUGCUCGCAACCAGAUGUGGUGUUGCUUACUAUCCCUGCAUGAUCGGGUCUAUUAUGAGUUGGUGGUUGAGUUCUACUCCACUUUUGACCACACUGAGACCACUGAUUUGAAGAACAAUGAGGCUAUCAAGUUCAGGUUGGGCGGAGAGUACCACUCCAUGAGCUACCACGAGUUUGCUGCUACCUUCAACCUCGGGCCGACUACACUCAUGACUUCAACGUCGAGGUCGCCAACCCGACUGGUGUCUCUUUCCAGACCUGCUACCGCCAGCUUGCUAGGCCAUCUUCUGACACCACUGUUGAGGAUUUCACCUCCAGUCAGGCGAAGGCCAGCAUGCUGCAAACCCAGUAUCAUAUCCUCCACCACUUAUUGACGAAGUCCUAUGCUUCGAGUAGUGAGAGUGCGAGCACACUGACCAAGCGAAGACUUUCGCCAAGAGUGUUGUGACUCUGGGGACCCUCCACUGCUCUCCACUUAUGAUUGUGUUGGCCACCCACCAUCAAAUCGAUUACUAGGAUUGCACGCCCCAGGACGGGACAUGGUCUUUUGUGGAGGACACGGUUUAUGCGGUUGUUGCGGGAGUCGCGAGGAGUCAAGUGGGUCGAGGGACUGCCUAUAUCGGCCAUCCCUAACCCAACUGAGAUGGAGGAGGAUGUCGAGCCUAGGGCUGAGUAUGCGGCUACUUCCCACCCAACCUUUCACCACAACACCUUUGAGCAUGGGGGUAGCAGCUCCUCUGUCGCGUCCUAUAUUACUUCUCCCGCUAGUUCGAGCAGAUGGGUCUCCAGUUUCAGCAGCUAGGUAUCCAGAACUAGCAGAUCAUAUAUCAUCAGGUUCACUUUCAGUAGAAGUAUGAUGCCCAUCACACAAAGUACACCUCCCGCAUGGCUGCUUAUGACGAGCGUGUUAACUGCAUGAAUUCUCAGGUGGGCGUCACCCUCGCUCAUAUCGAGCGUGAGCGCGACCGGGCCUAUAGGAUGCAGAAGGCGCAACAAUACUUACUUAAGCAGGUCCGGGUAACCCACCCACCUGACAGACCCCUUGGGAGGCCUCGCCACUACCACUACCUCCGCUGAGUGACAAUGACUUCAUGAGGGACAUCGAUUUCGACAUCCCCGAGCGACGAGUAGGAUGUAUUCAUCAAACCCUUCAGUGUGUUCUUUUGUGUUUUUGUGUUCUGUUUGCUCCAUGUGUUUGCGGAACCUGAACUGCAUCAUUUGUGGUUUGUUUUCCUUUUUCUUUUGGAUAUUGUGACAUUGGACUGACAACUCUUCCUAACGAUGUUGUGUUUGAGUGGUUUUUUUUUCUUCGCUCGUGUUCUUGCCACGACUGGUCCCACUUCCAGUCCCACUUCCACUCUCCAGUCAUGAUGCAGUCUGUUCUUCCUGAUAACAUCAUUCCCCUUAAGUGUGGGGGUGUUUCUAUUGAGGGCAUUGUCGAACAUAAGUGUGAGGGUGUUUUUACUUGACUGCUUGGAUGUGUUUGUGUGCUUGGAGCCUAGUCCACUGUCCAAAUUUUGAUUUGAGGGCUCCAAGUACGUGUUCCUAGCAUGCCUGCUUAGUAUGCUUUGAAUUGACAGCCUCUAUGGUACCAUGCAACCUAGGGAGGUAGUUGUAGCACUAUGGAGGAUGAUAAAGUAUAAGAUCCUUCCUAUCUUUCUCUUUGCUAUGUCGGUUGAUUAUGUGAACUAGUGGUUUUAGGACCUUUGAUUCAUGUGGUAUCGAUGACUCUCCUGGUUCUGUGUGUAUGGACUUAUGUAUCGUGGAAGGGUGCUCAGUGUGCAUAAUGAAAAAGCAGUUGGUCCUCCAUGUCAACAAUUUGAAAUUUUGCACAUGGAGUAAGCCCAACGUUUGUGGCACCGUUCAUUGCGAAAAAUCAAGUUUUGGAAGAGAUUUGAUUUAUCCUUAGUGGGGGAGUCAUACAAGGUGAAGCUAAGCCGUCUCUAGUACAAGUACAAAUUCCACCCGUUGAAUGGUUUGCCUACUCAAUGAUGUGUUUUUAAGGGCACGAUUAGAGCUUCCGACCCCCCUUAAUUUCAUUGACCCUCCACACAAAUUGAGGAAAAGGAGUUAAAAGAAGUACUCUAGCGAGCGACAAAUGUACAGAAAUUGCUCUUGCUCAACCAAUAAGGGUCGACCGCGCAACUACAUUUUGGAACCCCGACAGAGUGUAGAAACAAAAACAAAAACAUAAUGAAAAGGGGUUCCAAUGAAGGAAAUGGAAUGGA